AUGCGAUCUUUCCUAGAUUUCCGCUUCGCGAUUUCAAGCCUACGAGCUCAUUUAACCUUUCUUGAGCUCACCAGCCACGCGCCUAGCAUGCCUUCUGGACGCAGUGCGACUAAGUCCCGACACGGGUGCGACCGCUGCAAGCAGCGUCGGGUUAAAUGCAAUGAAAGGGCACCUUGCGGAAAUUGCAUCAGAAGGAAGGAACACUGCAGUCUGCUGGAUAGUCAAAACCCUCCUCCGCCAGCCUCACAGUUGUGCGACAACCCGACCCUUGACAUUAAACACCCUGAAGCAACAUCAUGGGCGUUCGAUCUUUUUCUGAUGAGUCACUUCUCUACGGCAACUGUACAUACGUUCAGUAGCUUUCCUUCGGUGAUCGAUGCCUGGCAGACCACCAUCGUUAGCGACGCAUCAUCGUGCCCCUUUCUCCUCCAUGGCAUGCUCGCUAUCUCAGCCCUGCAUCUUGCCAGUAAGCACGGAUCUACAAACAACGAUGACUGUCAACACAAUCAUCAAAAUUACACGCAUCGUGACUAUAUGCGUGCUUUCAGAUAUCAUCAAGAUCAGGCCAUGCCGGAAUACCGCCGCAAGCUGCAAGCUCUAGACUUCAGCGGCAACGAGGAAUUCGCAGUCCGUACCAAACAACCAUGGCCGGCAGGUCCGGUUUACUCCAUGGCCGUCCUGAUAGCUUUCACGUCUGCCGCCGGCGUCUCUGACCACUCUCCUUCACUGAACCGGAACCAACGCGACCUGGAUGGGGAACACCAUGAGCAAAGUACCGUCCUGUCACAAACUUUAUCGCCUGCAUCGGGCGAGACUUCCCGAUUAGAAAUGGUCUUCGAUCACUUAAUGGAGAUAUUUGUGGCCACUCGAGGUACGCGUGUCAUAGUCAGAGCUGGACUCGAUACGGGGGCCUUUCAAACGACAGCGUAUCGUCAUCUGAUCACCACCUCCACCGUCGCAAACCAAUUCCCGCUCUGGUCUACUUCUCCGACAAUUUCGCAGUGGUACAAAACUCUCCGAACACAAUGUCUGGAAGAAUUAGUUGGUGACGGCACAGUUGAGAGAUCUGAGGCUAAUAUCUGUGCCGCUGCAAUUACCUGCUUGGAAGAGGUUCAUGACGGCGCUGCUCGACUCUUGGAGGCCAAGAAAGAACGAUUAUGGCAAUCUAGACGUGACAACAAAUCGCUUCGGUAUGAUUUUGUUUGGUUAAUGAAGUGGACAGCAAUGGUGUCACAGGAGUUUGUCGCCCUGUUGCAUGAAAGGAAUACUGCGGCUCUAGUGGUUCUUGCACAGUUCAUUGCCACUUGCGAGUCAAUCGAGCACCAGUGGUAUUUAGAGAAGUGGGCGAAGAACGCGAUGGAUGCGGUCAGGCAUCUACUUGGCUCAAGCAAUGCCAAUGCCAAUGCAUGGGUUGAUAAGAUUGUAGGACAUUGGCCUAGUAUAGAUCCGGAUUUAGUCUCCCCUGGACUGGAAGGAAAAUGA